AUGAACAGAAGGUUAAAUGAAUACUCUUUGCAGGUUUAUCGAGUGGUUUACUUAAGUAUUGUAUUGGGUUGUGUUUGGUGUAGUGCAAGUAGUGGUACAAAAGGCGUUGGUGUGCAUAGAGACGCCCGUGCGAAGCAACAAGCUAAUAGAAUAGUAGAUAUGAUUGUACCUUUGCUUAACUUGCAUAUAAUUCAUGAGAAACGAAUAGCUCUAAUCAAGAAGCACAAUCUAACCCAAUGCAUUGCUAAAGCCAAAGAACAAGAGGAUUCUAAACAGCUGAGUCUAAGUCGAACCAACAGUGGGUGCUUCGGCCCAACUAUGAUUCUUUACAAACGUAUAGCAAACCGCCCACUAUCUCUAAUAGUCAGAGAAGUAUUGAUACAGAAAAGUGCAUCAAUAAUAGUCCAGAAGCCAUUAGACUACUUAAAGAGCUGGAUCAAUGGAGAGAAUAUAGACAACGAGAACUUAGUUCAAAUGAGUGAGAUAGUAACCCUAGUAAACCAACUGAAUAACAUUAAGACUGACCUAUUGAUUCUAGAAGCACAACUACAGGCCGACGAACUCAAGCGAAUACCAGUACACUUAGAAGAAGAAAUAGCCACGAUUGAAACCAAACUAAUCAAACUAGCCGAGCGUUACGAUUCCAACGCACUAAACAAGCGGGGCAAAGAGGCUAAGAAAGAAGAAGAAGAACUAGAGCAAUUGUCGAAAAGGGGAGAUUUUAGAGCACUGGCCGAACUACUUCUAAAAUCGGACAAAGAGGUAGAAAAAGGAGUAUCUAAAGCUGAGUUGGCAAUGUUAGAUAAGGCCAAAGAAAUUAUAAACGCUACAAAUCCAGAAGCAGACGAAGUGGUGACAGGUAGUAAACCCACAAAGACAGGCAUGGUAUACGGGGCGAUCCAGCGCAAGCUAACUCAAAUCAGUGGAUAUAAAGAAAUGAAGGCCCCAAUAGCGAUUGGUCCCAAGCCCAUAAAGUCACAAUCACCCAUCUUACCAGCCCGACUAAACGCCUCCCAAACAAAUGAACUUGUCAUAAACAACACACUUCAUCUAAAAGCCAGCACAAUCGAUUAUAUUUCCACUCUCUACAAGGCCAAUCCUUGCUUAAACCCUAUUCCCCGUGCUCUAAUUUUCUAUCAGGAACCAAAUUCGAUUGGAGAACAAAUGUCAUUUUUUGAUAGCGAUAUAAUUAAACUAACCGAGUUGGAUCAAAAAGAUUGUACACUUAUGUUAGACUCAGAGCAAGAAAAGAUCCUCCAGAACUUUAUAAGUAGCGGCAACAGUUACAUGUCAUCAGAGCAACCACCCUCUGUUUGGAGAAUGUUUGAUAUCAACGAAGCUGAUCAAUCCAAAAAGUAUGGACUAUAUAGUACUGGGUCGGAAGGUAAAGAUAAUCUUUCCCUGAACCUUGAGUGGAAAGAAUGUGACCUGGUGGUGUUACUAGAUAUCUUAAAGAAGUUCAGCAAAAUCAUACUCAAUGUGAAAUCUGUUAAGAUAAGGUGUAUGCGAGCCCCUGCUAGUUGGUUAGUCCUAGCCCAACUCCUAACACUGUUCGAAACCCCAGAGUUGAGUGCUACGAAGAAACCUCUUGAUAUCACUAUCCAGGCAGUGAAUAGAAUUUGUCCUUCUUCUGUGCUAUCAUUCAAUGAUGUUGACUUACAAAGCCUGUUCCGCAACCAGAUCGAGGAGAUCGAAGAGUCGCGAUACAUUAUCAACCUGACAGUUAAUGAGCUCACAACGGCUAUAAAGAAAUUCGUUUGGCCACUAGUAACCCACUUCCCAACAUCCCUUAUAGAUAUAAUCUACCCCAUUGUGGACAAGAUAGACUUUCUUGAUGACGUCAACUGGAUAGACCAAUUCACCCUCGGCUUAGAAUUAGACUACCAAAAGGACACUAUUGUUAGUUUAGGUGCCAGGACCGCGAAAGGUAAAGAUCUCCCAACUUGUAAAUACCUAAACAUCUGCACAAACUAUCCAUAUCUAAAACAAGCCUCGGAGUCUACCAGCUCCUCAGAGUCUACCAGCUCCUCGGAGACCUAUGCCGUAAAUCGUCUAUAUCCAAAACAAGCCUCAAGGUCUACCCGCUCCUCGAAGACCUAUGCCGUGAAUCAUCCAUAUCCAAAACAAGCCUCAAGGUCUACCAGCCCCUCAGAGUCUACCAGCUCCUCGGAGUCUACCCGCUCCUCGAAGACCUAUGACGUAAAUCAUCCAUACCCAAGCACCCCCCUAGAAUCUACCAGCUCCUCGAAGAUCUAUGUCGUAAACCUUGAUGGAUAUCUACAACCCAAAUCUUCUAAUGAGAAGGACAAAUUCUUAACUACAAAUCUAUUAUUGACCGCUGAUGUUUUAGUAUCCUAUGCAACCUUUGGUCUUAAUCAAUCAGUAAAUGUCCAGAUGGUGAGUGUAUCGCGAAUAACGCACAACUACACUACUGAUGACAUGAUCGCUCUUAACCAAGAGUUGGUUACCUCCUACAAAGUGCUAACCCAAUUCGACAAUCCGCUGAUUAAGUUCUACCAACAAUUACUUGAGGAUGGCAAACAACUGACUAGUUUCUGUCAACAAUUAACCCAAUUCAACAAUCAACUAUCUGCACUCUACCAACCAUCCGGCAACGUUAACUUGUUUGCCAACAUCAACCCCAACGAUGACCUAUUCGACUUUUCUAUCAUAACCCAAUAUGUGAAUUGGGGGUGUAUGAGAAAUCAAUGUGAUUGUGUCCCAGGCCCUUUCUCAUGGCCAUUCUCUAACCUAAUAUCCGCAAAAUACACACCCCCACCCAAACCUACCAAGCAAUCAGCUCCUAACCGCUAUGGCCGUAUGAGGGGAAAGUUCCGCCGCAUGAGGGAAAAGUCCCGCUUAUUCAGUAGUACUCAUACUAACCUAAUGAACGUGGAGGACUCUCUGCGCUUUAUUCGGGAAAUGAGCGCUUCUUGGGUGGUAUGA